GUUCGCUCGGUGUGUUAUUCCGUCUAUUACUGAACUAUAUUCGGGAUGUGCCCUCUUAGGUGCCAAAAAAGUCUUUGGAAAUACCAUUUUGGUGAUUAUGGAACUACUGUGAGUUGAAUGGCAGCUGUGUAAGAGAAUGUUCUCUCACGCACAGCAUUGUGGGUAAGAAAAUGGCUGAAUGUGAAACAGAAAAGUGUGACAAUCACUUUGAUGAGCGUUGUCCUGCAGGCAAACUCAACUCAAACGAAGAAAAUGGUAAAAAAGGCAAAGAAAAACUGGACAUUGCUUCCUCACCAUCCCCUGUCAGUGGUGACUUCAACAAAAUUUGGUCACCUUCGUCGGUGAAUUUCAGUGACAAUGACGACGAUGACGACGACGACAUUGAUGACGACUCAGCCCGUCGUCUCCUCGCGCUGGACAGCGUCGACUAUGUCGGCAGCUCUGACUGCACGCAGCCUUUAGUUGUCGAAUGCGACAGUGUUCAGAGUUCUCAGGUGCAACAACAGCAACAACAACAACAACAACAACAGCAUGACACAAAAGCAGCACACAAUACGACGUCACAUUUACACUGCAACAACAUUGAUAAAACCACCACGCCCUCCACCAAAGAUGGCAUGCAUAACACUAGCAAUAGCAACAACAACAACAACAACAGCAACAGCAACAAGACCACAUCAUCAACACCUCAAUCGCUAUCACCGUUGCCAUCGCCAACACCACCAGCAACAACAACAGAAGCAGCAAAGGCCUCGGCGACUAUGAUAACAACCACUAAAGAAGCGGACGGGGAGAGUUUGUCGGAGGAAGAGCACGGCAGCUAUGUCAACACAAGGGUCUUUGUGACCUCACCUGAAACCAGCAUCUGUGCUGUGUCCUCCACCGUAGAAGACGAUGAUGAGAAAGAUUGCCGUACCGUGUCCAGCUCACUGUCUGCUGACGGGCCAGUCGUUGCAGGGAAAGAUGAGAAUUUCUCCGAGGAUCACGAGAGUUCGUUAGUGCUUCCUGCCUCCUCGACACUAACUGCUGAGCUUCUACAAAAGGAAGAGAUGUACAUUGGUCAGGAUGCGGAGAACCAGCGCAAGAAGUCGAAGAGCAGCGUGGCUGAGCUUCUCCUCAGCAGCCCGACCAGCUGUACAGAUUACGGAAAAAACACUCACUCAAAUGAAGCGAUGACACUGGAUAACAACAACACUAAGAAGAAGAAUGUCAGCGGCGCCGAUAAAUUUCAGUUGGACAUCCAUCAAAGUGACAAUGUUAGCGAAAUGGUAAACGAUAGUGGUACACCGCAGCAGUUUAGAAACAACGAAAUCAUCUCAAACUCAAAAGAUGACACGGAUGGCUCUGAGAAAAGUAGCGAAGGGUUAGAAAGCAGUUGUACAAGGAUUGCAAAUGCGCUGGAGGAGUCUUUCUCAAAUCUGGACCAAGAUCAGUUUGAGGCCAAACUUUACAAUGUGAUCACUUCCAAGGCCUCGUGCAACAACAACAACGGUCAACAGGUAGAAUCGGCUUUUAAGGAGGGUGUACGUGAAAAAGGCGUGAAUAUGAUGGAUGGGAGUAAGCAGAGUGAGCUUAGUUCUGAUAUGCAAGAGGUGUCGGUCUUGUCAAUAGAAGGAGAAACUAAUGUCCCGAUCUCGUCGACUGUUAGUAAAAACUCUGCCAUCGUCAACAAGGAACAAAGCAGCCCAUUAGAUUUCUCAAAGUUUCAAGAAUGUAAAAGCAAGAAGGAAGAAAAGUCGAACAGCAUGGAGGUAACGGCUGAUGUUAGUGAUUCCAGUCGAGUAGACGAGUCUGGUAAGUCAGCAAACACUAAUGCCAGCAACUCGAGUAAGCCAGAAAUAGCAGCAGAUUCCAAAAAAGUCACUAGUAACGGUGAACGUAAGAGGAAAUUCUGUGAACCACUUUUAUCAGUCAUUGAAAAAGCGACAAAGAAUUUCUCUGUUAAUAUCAGUGCCAAGUUGGAUGCUAUUGCCACGACGACAAGCACCUCCACUACUGCUGCAAAAUGUCCAAAGAUAUCAUCAGACUUGACUAGUAAAUCAGACAGUCGCUCCAUCACAGCAUCCCCAUUGUUAACGCUACGGACGCCAACCAUCAACAGCCUUGUUUCUUCCUCUUCAUCAUCAUUAUCAUCGUCGCCAUCACCAUCAUCAUCCUCGCCAUCUUUGACUUUCUCACCGCCACUCAUAGCCACAUCUUCCUCCUCUCCACCACUACAACCACCAGCCCCAGCCCCAAAUGCAGCUUCCAGCUCCGUGUUAAGCUCAGGUAAAUCAAGUUUAGUGGAAACGAUUCUUAGUUAUGAUAACGGUUUGUAUGCCUGCAGCCAUUGCUCCUUCUCGGGCAAGCAGUCGGCUUUUGAGGAUCAUCUGUUUAGUCACAUGGAAAAUUAUGCUUUUAAGUGCGAUGAUUGCACGAGUGAAUUCAAAUCUCCUAGCCAGUGGCAGCAACAUGUCCUUUCCCGCCACAAGGGACAACACCACCUUCCGAAGUAUAUGUCUUUGUUGAUUAAAGAAAUCAGAGCGAGUAAUGAUCAAAAAUUGAAUUUCCAGUGUCCUGAGGCGAGUCGGUCACCAUCAAAGCAUCGCCAGACGCAUCCAGCAGACUCAGGUGCGCAGACAUCAAAGCACCGUCAAACUCAUCUGGCAGCAGACCCAGGUGCUCAAAUAUCAAAAUCCAGUUCAGAACCAUUCUCAGUUACGAACAACACAGACUCAUCACAGUCGCCAAAGCAAUUCUCUGACAAACAUCGGGCUUUCUGUAAGGAUUUAGAAGUGACAUUCGUAAACAACGAAUACGUUUGUUUGCAGUGUGCAAAAAAGUCAAAAGACAAAGAGAUAUUUCGCUUCCAUCUAUGGACACACACACACUCUGCAGAGAGUAGUUACUGCUGUUGUACGACUCUAACCAGAGAAAGUUGUGAAGUCGUAGCCAAUAUACUUCAGUUAGUAACAGACACCAAUACAACGGAAACAGAGUCGGAGGACAGCACAAAGAAAACGGUCGUUAUUUGUCGCAUUCGAAAAUCUGACCUCAAACUCGAAACCAUUUCUAAAAUGGCUUCAGAGGUGAAAAACCUUUCCGUCGCACUUCCUCUUCUCGUUGGAGCUGAAGUGAAAAACAGUUCGUGUUCUUCAAAAUUAGAUCAGGCAUCAGAACACUCAAAUUCAAGCCUAACGACCGACGCUGAUAAAAUCUCAAAACAAACAGAAGGCGCUGCCAAUAAGGAUGCUAAAUCUUCUGUCAACUGCAAAAAAAGAGACAUUCAGGAACUAAAAGAAACUGUAAUUGUUGAAAACCCCUUGAGGGCCGCAACACAUCAGCUGAAGGUUCUAAAGACUUCUCUUGCAGACCAGGGUUGUGAAAAAAUCCCAGACUUAAAAUCCAUUUCAGUUACGAAUCAAAUCGAAAACAAUACCUCAUCUGGGAAAAUGGCUGAUGAAAAUCGUUCCAGCAAAGUCACCAAGAAAGAAAAUUCAGAUUUUGCGAUGGAUUUCAGUUUGGUCAAAGUCAAAUCCGAACAACCGGAUGAAGAGUAUUUGCUUGAAGACAUCAACCGAAAGAUAAUGAAUAUUAAGAAAGAAGUGAAAGAGUUCACAGCUUUGACCAAUAUGUUGUGUGAUAUCAGCAGUUCUGACGGCAGCCUCCUUGAUUUGAAAAAGGAAUUGUCCGAUGACCAAGACAUGGCACUGGAUUUAAAGAUUAGUUCUCCACCUUCUCUUACUUCAUCUAAUAUCUACAAGGACUCAAAUGCUGGUUCCAGUUUUCCAAGUUUUACCAAUGAUUCACUGUCCUUGUCCAUGACAGUGAACAAUGCUGAGAAUUUGUCGGUAGCUGGCGAGAACCAUGCUGUUGCAGGAAUGGAUAAAGAUCUUAAAGGAGCAUUCUACAAGUGCGGUUUUAAUGGAUGUGGUUUUGCUAGCAUGAACUCCACUCAAUUUAGAGCCCACUUGGAGACUGCUCACAAGUAUGUCUCCUCUUACCCGUGUGCUCAUUGUGGGCAUGUGGCACCAAGUGAAGAUAAUCUACUUAGACACAUGCAAACUCACUCAAAUUCCAAAAUUUUUUUGCUUUUCAAAUGUGCUUUUGCAGGCUGUCGGUUUGGGACAAACCUUAUACAUGAAUUUCGAGACCAUAAUGAAAUCUUCCAUAAGGACGAAAAGACGUGCAGUUGUCUGAAUUGUAAACAGGUGUUUGUAGAACUGUCCGAACUUCUCAAUCACCUCCGGACAAACCUGCUCAAGUUUAUUCAGUGUCCUCAUUGCUCAGUAAAAGACCGGAACCGAAGGGCCGUUCUCAAUCACAUCUCUGAGGCCCAUCCCGGCAAACCAAAACAGAUUGUGGUCACCAGUCAGGUUGUAUGUCAAGAAAAACAGGCUAGUGGAACAGCAGACAAUAAAGCUCUGCUGGCAGAUCAUGCAAAUAGUUUACAGUUGGCACCGUUCCCCAGCAAGAACGAUAUCGAGUACUUAGAAACGAAACUAAAACCAAAAGAAUUACUUUCUGCACUACACCUGACCAACGAUAUGUACCCAUUCUCUAAAACAUUCAGUGCCAUUAGUGACAGCAAAAACCACAGCUCAACAAUUCCAAAGAACCAAUAUUCCUGUAAGCUUUGCAAAUACACAACUAGCCAAUCUCCACUUCUCGAAAACCACAUAAGAAACUAUCAUCCUAGCUUCCUUGGAGAAUAUAUUGCUAGACACAUUGGUAAGGAAUCCUCUAAAUCGUUGACGUCAGAAAGCAAACAGAAGCUAGGCAUAACAGACCUAGAAGCUGCAUCUUCAGUUUCAAAGAAUUCCAACCAAUUGAAAUCUUCAGAAGAAACUCCAUUUGUGAAUAAAGCUAUUGCUAAAGCGUGCUGUCAUUUAUGUCCCGUCGCUUACAAACAUGUCCAGCAACUUAAGACCCAUGUUCGAGUGAAGCACCCAGAAUGUCAGAUUCUGAAUUUCUUGAAAUGUGUUCAUUGCAAUGCUAAAUCAACAUCCAAAGAAUAUCUUGUAACUUCUUGUAAAAAACGCCAUCCCAAGAAAGAAUUUCAUUUCACCCACAUCCAGGAAGUUCUUAAUUCCAACAAGAAUGAAAGUGAAAUGCUUGAUCUAAUAGUAAAUCCCUCUCGCCAAGAGUAUAAUUCCAGCAGACGUUGUGAACAUGGAAACCUCUCGUCGUGCUUUCAAUGUGAAUUGAAGAAUUCCAAUUCCUCCAACGAUUGGAAAGUACCGUUAUUUAAAGACCAGCCUUAUGAGGGAAGCACGACUGAUUCAGUGAAGCCAUUUGUCUGUAAAGUAUUUAAAAACAUGGUGAGGCCGACCAAAACUGUGAACCAAUCUCCAAUCUUGACAGUUCCAUCAGCAAAAGGAAGUCUUCAGAAGAAUACGACAAAAUCCAAAUCCUCAUCAGAGAAGAAAUCAGCUGCAUCAACUCUUGAUACGGACUUUUCUUCAGCGUUACCUCCUUGCGAAAUAGGCAGCCAGACACUAGAUUCGAAACUAAGUGUUCUGUACACGCGAAACCGCAAGUGGAAUCGGUGUAAGUGCUGUCAGUUUACCACCGACCACGUGGCUACAAUUCAUCACCAUAUCCUUGACUGCCAUUUGAAAUUGUACCUAUGGUCGUGCCCCUAUUGUGAGCUGCGGAGCAUCAAGAAGCAGAACAUUAUACAACAUUGCUUACACUUCCACGAAAACAAAAAACCUGGCGCGAAAUUUGAAAGUCAGGAUUGGAAUAAAGACAUUCGAAAUAUUCUCAACUUGCUUCCAAAGGAUACUUCUGCUAGUACGUUCACCAAACAGACGUUUAUCAUCAGUGGUCCAUCAUCAGAGACACCCAACUGUUACCGUCUCGCCACAGAACCUCUCACCAUUCCUACUUCUUUGACCAAACCGAAUCGUCCAACGGUUGUGAAACUGAGCAACGGCGUCUACAAGUGCUCAGUGUGCAGUACAAAAGGUUUUGUAGAAUGGCAGGUCCAGAAGCACAUUGAAACGGAACAUUCAUCAGAAUUGAAGGCUUCUGGAGCUAAUGGGUCCGGAAGCAGUAUUGUUUUGGAUUUCGGUAAACAGACAAGCGGUAACAGCUCCGAUGCUAGUAAAGACAUUCCUAGGAGUGACACGAAACAAAUCCCAGAAGGUUCAGUGAAACAUCUCGAGGCCCAGUCUGAAGACAUUGAGUUGCAGAAUCUGUCGAAUCCCUCGUCAAAAGACGAGGAGAUGAAAGCAAUGGCUCGGAAAAUCAUUGAGGUGUCAGCAGGAGUGCUACAGUGUCCAUUCUGUUCCUACAAAAGCCGUCUCCGCACGUGUGUCAAGUGCCAUAUCUGGUCACAGCACAUGAUGUUGAAACGGAAACGGUGCAAACACUGCUCGUUUGCCAGUUGGUUCGACAACGGCAUCGAAGCGCACAUGGCUACUGAGCACCCACGUCUCUGCUUUGGCAGUCAAACUGCCAAAGCAGGAUACACCGUACUGGUAGAAGAACCUGACGGAACAUGGAAGGAAAUGGCCGUGAAUUUCGUACGAAGUUCCAAAGAAGACGUCGCCUUCCGGAAAAGACCACUUUCCAAAGAAUCGGAAUCGAACAGUAAAAGCAAUAGCAGCAACAAAAAGGCCAAAAAGGCCAUUAGCAACUCCAACACUUCAAAAGCUCUUUCUAUCUACACAUCAGAUUCUUCAAGCCAGUUAUUGUCUAAUACUGAUAAAACAGCAAAUGAUCAGAAUACUUCAGAAGUCUUAAACCUCUCAAAAUCCAGCAGUUCCUCCAUAGAACUGAAAGUGUCCAAACCAAAUGCAUUGAUGUCUUCCAAAUCACAGAAAACUAGUCUCCAGAGUUCUUUAAAAACCAAUAAAACUGUGAAACCAGCACUUGUGAUAUCCCCGAAAUUCUUUAAGAUGAGUAAGUCAGGGGCUUUGAACUUGUCGAAAUCUGCUACGAAAGCUGAGCUAACCGGCUCCACUCCAAUUUCUUCUGCUAAACCAAGCGUGAUAAAUGUGCCAAAAUUCAAAGCCAGUGACCCGCUGAAGUACCAGCGUGAUGUGAAGAAAAUGGACGAUGACCCGUACGAGAGUAGCAGCAGCGGCAACAGCAGCAGCGGCAGCAGCAGAGGCGGCCAGCGAAGCUACUAUUGGUCGGGUGAAGCGAAGAGUGGCACUAGUAUCAUGUCGUUGGUGAAAGGCAGCAGAGAUAAGAACCGUCCAGGCCAAGUGAGUAGUAGCAGCAGCAGCAGCAGCAGCAGCAACAACAAUAGUAGCGGCGGCGGCGGCAGCGGCAGCAGCAGCAGCACAAGGAAAGCCAUGCCCGACUCACUGAUAACUAUAAACACCAGAAUGGAGGAGAUGUGUGUGAGGGAGUUUGACGAGAACCUCAUGCAGUACACGUUCACCUGUACAAUAUGUUCGUACCGAAGCACAAAUCGGACUACCUUCAACUCCCAUACUUACUCACACAAACCCCCUGCUUUCAAAUGUGGUUACUGUCCUUUCCGAGCUAAUCCCAGAUGUCGAGUGACAGCUCAUAUUCGGAAAUAUCACAAAGAGCCUUUGAUUAAAAUUAUCAAUCUGUCCAGCACGCCAAAGAGGGCAAUCGAUAAGGUGCCAUCGCUGACCAAAGAGGAGGCCACGGCUUUGGCACAACAGCGGAAGCUGAAGAUACUAGAGAAGAGCAAAGAUCUGGAGAACAACGAGGAAGAGCCACUGACCGGUGGCGCCGAUGCAUGCAAGAGCGACAAGAUCAACAACAACAGCAACAAAAAAAAUAACGAUAAUAAUAAUAAUAAAAAUAAUAAUAAUAAUAACAACAAUAACAAUGAUGGUAAUAAUAAUAGUAGUAAUAAUAAUAAUAGCAACAGUAAUGCUAUUGGUAAAAAUAAUAACAACAUGAUGAUGAUCAUGAAGAAGAAGAAGAAGAAAAAGAACACUAACAAUAACAGCAGCACCACCACCACCACCAACAACAACAUCAACAACAGCAAUGAUGUAAAUAGCAUUGGAAGUGACAAUGAUAGUGAUGGGCUAAGUGAUAGCAGCCUCGAAGAGUUUGGCACAGGACCAUACGGAAUGGACUACGAUGACGACGAGGAGUUCGACAACAGUUUAGACGGUUCCGACCACGAGGAAGAGGAGGAAGAUCUGUACUCAUCGUUGACAUUCUGCUGCAACGCCUGCUCGUUCCAGACGAAUGAUAUCGACCGCUUCACAAAGCACACUUCGUUACACAACUUCUUCACCCACGGCAUGAAGGUCGCCUGCAUGGACUGCCCAUUCAGCACCAACCAAAUUGUUCAGUACGAGGAGCACAUCAGCCGCCACAUCGAGGGCUUCCUCUUCUACUGCGGCUGCUGCUCGUUUUCAUCGGUCGAGGAGCAAGAGGUGCGCGAGCACAGCUUGAAAAAGCAUCCUGAUCGCGUGAUCAGUAUUGAAAUUUCACCGUCACCACCAUCUAGUCUCUCCACCAAAUGGUCACCAGUUGACCUCGACCCAUUUGUUGAGCUCACCGACUUCCUCGCCAUGGAUUGCGAGCGGUUCUACAACCUGAUCUCCCAUCACGGCGUGACGAUGGUCGACCUGAAGUCGACGGCCGUCUCCUAUGAGGACCUGAAUGUGAAAUCCAGCUCGGAGGAUGAAGAUGAUAUAGAUGACAUAGAUGAUGAUGAUGAUGAAGCCGAAGACGAGGAAGGGAGAGUGUCGAGCGGAUGUGAUUUAGAAUCAUUGUUGGAUGAUGUCGAUGAAAACGACGGUGGUGCUAACAGUGACAAGAAAGUCAAGGAGAAAGUGAAGUCAAAAGUCAAAGAUACGUCAAAUGCAGAGGACGAUGUCGCUAUGGAAACCGACAUCCAUGAAGGUGAUGGUGACCUGGUAUUGCCAACAUCACACAAAGAUCUGAAGACAAAAGACUUGGAGAAAGAGACAUCCCCUACAAUAACAAGCUAUGACUUCAAAGAGUCUGAAAAUAAAAGCAAUGGCCAUAGAGACACCUCUGACCGAGAGGACCAUGUUGAUGAUAUUGAUGUUGAUGAUGUUGACAUCGAUAUUGUUGAGAGUGAUGGUCAUGGUGGUGGUGGUGGUGGUGGUGGUGAUGGUGUUGGGGAUGACAAUGAUGAUCAGAAUAUUAACGACGGUGUUGAUGAUGAUGAUGAUGAUCGUGAUAAUGUUGAUGGUUGUGUUGUUGGAGAUGAUGAAGAUGAGGAUGGUGUCCUUAAUGAUGAUGACCGUGGUAGUCAUCAUCAAGAUGAUAGUGUUGAUGCUUAUGGUGAUGACGACGAUGACAAUGUUAUUGACGGUGGUGACGGCAUCGAUGAUGACAUUGAUGAUGAUGAUGAUAUCAGUUUAGUGAGCAUGGUCCGAGACAAGAGGCAUAAGAUUAAUUUGAACUCCUCAUCACCGGUAGACAACUUGAAGCAGCAUUUAUUACCACCACAAUCACCACCAAUAUCACCACCGCCACCACCAUCACCACCACAACUAGCCCACAGUGGGAACGAUAACGAUGAUGAUGUUGUUGACAUUAAUGACGAUAACGACGAAGGUGUCGAAGCUGAUAAUGACGACGACGAUGAUGAGGACGACGACGUCAUCACCCGUCGAAUUGAUUCUGCCUUUGUGGUUGGUGACGGCAAGGGUGGGAAAGAUGGCAUUUUCAGGAUCUGCAAUGAUGAUGAUGAUGAUGAUGUUGUUGAUGAUGAUGACGACGAUGAAGAAGAGGAGUUCGAUGCCAUCGUCAACAAAAAGAAAAGAGAGAACAUGAUGAAGAGGAAGAAGAAGCAGAACAGCAAAAACAAGAUGAAUGAUCUCGAGACGGACGACGAUGACGACGACGGCGACGAAAACCUCGUCGACAAUAAUGGCGGGGAUCGUCAUGCUUACGAUGUUGAUGAUGAUGAUGAUGAUGAUGUUGAUGUUGAAAUGAAAACUGUAAAUAUCAAUAAUAGCAACAUUGAGGAUAUUGGCAUCGCUGACAAUGUAUAUGUCAAUGACGAUGAAGACGACGAUGACGCCAUCGACGUUGAUAACGACGACAGCAACGUCGGGGAUAUUGACGAUGACGACGGCGACGCUAACAACUCCAACCUCAAAUUCACAUUUAAAAAAAUCGGUCACCGGGAAAGCGUGAUCGAAACAAAUUUGGUGCAGGGAUUAUUAAACUCAGACGACCACGAAGACGAUGACGACGAGGAUAUCGAUGAUAAUGAUGACGAUGAUGAUGGUGGUGGUGGUGGUGGUGGUGGUGACGACGGUGAUGACGACAAUGAUGAUGAGGAGGAUGAUUACGACGAUUAUGAUGACUCACUGUCCCUCAGUACAGGAGAGUUGGAAAAGAAGAGCAGCUAUUUCAAGAGAAAAUCUUCUCGGAACUCUGGAAACACUAAUAACAUUGACGAGGUAGAUUUAUCCUCGUCCGUUUCUAAAGAGACAGACUGUGGCGGCGGCAACAACACUCGGAGUUGAGUGUCGACUCUGAGUCCAAAGGAUUGUUUAACUCAAAAUAGAUUGCAAAUUACACAUAUACACUCAUUCAACAUUAACACGAAUACAAAGUAUAUAUACACACAUAUGUAUAUAUAUAUAUAAUUACAUAUAUAUAAAAUUAUAUAUA